GGAUGGCGAGAAUCGAUCCUAGCAUUCCCGAAAAAGCUUUUGUCGGGGACGUCCCUGGUGCACUCGAAAGCGACGCAGGCGGAUAACGAGGCUUCCCUUCCUAAGCUACCAUUACCACCUCUGAAUGUGACACUGCAAAAAUACGAAAAAACACUAAGACCGCUCCUGAAUCAAAAUGAACAAGCAAGGUUAAGGAAAAUUAUAGAAAAGUUCGGAGGACCUGAGGGGCUUGGUCAAAAGCUACAAAUUUAUCUGGAAAAUAGAAAAGAAAAACUGGAUAACUGGGCAUACGAAUAUUGGUUGAAUGACAUGUACAUGAACUACCGAGAACCUAUCGUAAUCAACUCAAACCCAGGCAUGGUUUUUCCACCAAGAAAGUUUACAACCAUUCUUGACGUUGCACGUUUUACUGCAAGACUGGUUGACGCAGCUCUGGACCACAAGGAAAUCUUAAACCGACGCUCACUACCUUUAGAAAAAGCAACCUCAAGAGAACCAGGUCAACCUCUCUGUAUGGCGCAAUAUUAUAGAAUUUUAGGAUCCUGUAGGGUACCUGGUAAAGUUAAAGACUCACAAUACAUAUCACAAAAUUUAAAGACUGUCGAUAAUACUGAACAUAUCAUAGUUAUCUGCCGUAGCCAGAUAUAUUGCGUGCCGGUGCAGGCUGCAGACCGCGGUCGACUUACCGAAGACGAAAUUUGCGCACAAUUGCUUUACGUUUUGGAUGAUGCUCCGUGUCUAUCAAAUCCGCCACCCAUAGGUUUACUAACUGGCUGGAAAAGGUCCUUAUGGGCAGAAGCACGAUCUGAUUUGCUUAAAGAAGAAAGAAACGCUAGAAAUAUAGAACUAAUUAUGAAAUCCAUUUUUGUAGUGUGUCUAGAUGAAGCACUACCAAACGAAUUUAACUGCAGACUACAACGAGGCGGUAAAGGACAUUCCACUGGUGGUAGAGACGAAACAAACUUAGCCCAUCAAAUGAUUCAUGGCGGAGGAAGUAAUUAUAAUUCAGGUAACCGUUGGUUUGACAAAACCAUUCAAAUUGUAGUAUCAGGGGAUGGGGCUUGUGGUUUAUGCUAUGAACACUCCAGCGCUGAAGGUGUGGCUGUAAUUCAACUCGUAGAAAAAUUAUGGAAACAUGCGGAGUCAUUGCCAGCAAUUUCAGAAGUACCCGCUGCUUGUGGAAGUCAUCUGCCACCACCAGAAAGAUUGGAAUGGAGUCUGGAACAGACUGAUUUUAAAAGAAUUGAAGAAGCGGCUCUAUACCUUGAUAAUUUAAUAAAAGAUCUUGAUUUUCAAGUGUAUAGAUUUAAAAAUUAUGGAAAAGAGUUCAUAAAAUCCUGUAAAGUAAGCCCUGAUGUCUAUAUACAGUUGGCUUUACAACUGGCUUACUAUAAACUCUACGGAAAACUAACUGCUACAUAUGAAAGUGCAUCAACAAGAAGGUUUAAAUUGGGAAGAGUUGAUUGUAUAAGGUCAGCUACAGUUGAAGCUUUAAAUUGGGUGAUGGCAAUGUCACAACCAAAAGAACAAUCUGAUAAAAAAGUAACGUUUCACUUAGUAAGCGAUGAAAAGAAGCUCGAACUAUGGACUGAAGCAGUAAAAGCCCAAACAUCGGAAAUGGUUGAUAACAUCCUAGGUCAAGGCAUAGAUAUACACCUUUUAGGACUUCGUGAAGCCGCUAAAGAAACCUCACCAACAGCAGCCAGUCCACUUCCAGAUAUUUUUACAGAUCCUUCAUAUAGAUUAGCAAAUAAGUUUAUGUUAAGUACAAGUCAAGUUGCAACCAGCACAAACAGCUUCAUGGGUUAUGGACCGGUGGAAGCUGAUGGAUACGGGGCAUCCUACAAUCCAAAACCAGAUAGUAUAGUAUUUUGUCUAUCGGCAUUUUGGUCCUCGGAAGUGACUAGUACUUCUAAGUUUGCUCAGUCAUUGGAAGAAAGUUUAAAUGCAAUGCAAACGCUACUAAAAAGACCGAAUUAGAGUUAAUUAAAUAUAAUAUAUUUAGAGAAUUAUUUAUACAUAUCAUUAUCUAUAUUAAAAGUUGUUUUUAUAAAAAAAUACGGUUUGUUGAUAAGCACUGCUGUGUAGCGCUUAAAAUUAAGAUUUAUAUAAAUGUUGAUUUUUUUAAAAUUUGGCCUAAUUUUAGAUUUAGCCAAAUUUGCUUUAAUUGUGAACACAAUUUAUUAAAAAAUUCUUUACAUAUUUUGUAAAAAAAAUUUACCCAAGAUUAUUAUAGGUAUACCUGAAUAGAAUGUUAAAAUACUAAUUAUACAUAUCAAGUCCUAGUUGGGGCAUAAUAUUAUAUUAGCAUAAUAUAAUAAUAUAUUUGAAAUAUUAUAUAAUACAAGCCCACAUUAAAUGUGAUGCCAGUUUAUCUAAACAUAAAAGAAAAGUUAUGACAGUUAAGAUAAUUAUUAAUACGAAUUCUUAUUGAUGCUUAGGCAGGCAAGGCUCAGGCCUAGAACGGCACAAUUUUAGAAACGUAAUUAUUUUAAAAGUCGA